AUGUACGGCGAGCCAUUCGCCCUCCGGUCCAGCAGGGUUCGCUGUUCGCUUCCGCCGCUUCGCUCUCGUCGCAGCGAACUGUCGUCUACGCGGAACUCCGCGUUUGGUGUCUGGUGUGUUUACGGCCCCGCUGGCUCUCUUUGUCCGCAGAAAAGGAGCAGAAUGUGCGCCGUGCAGCUGCUGCGGGUGUCGGUACAUGAGCGGAUCGGCGCCGCCGCUGAAGACGUUCUGCUGCGGGUGGAAAAAGGAGAAGAAGCGGCUGAAAUCCCGGCGCUGAGAGCGCUGCUCACCGAGCGGCUAACGGCGGCUGCGGAGGAGAUUGUCGGUCUGUUUGAGGAAACCGUGGCGGAGUACGAAGACAGAGCUGAGCGGUCAGAGCGGGAGAUCUGCCGCCAGAGGAGGCUGCUCGAUGCCGUGCUGAAGCCCCAAGUCAAGCUGACCAGAGCAGAUGUCCAGCAGCUGUUGGUGGUUAAAGAAGAGGUUCCCCCUGAGCAGCAGGAGUGGAGCUCCAGUCUGGACCAGGAGGACCCAGAGCCCCCACACAUUAAAGAGGAACAGGAGGAACUCUGGACCAGUCAGGAGGGAGAGCAGCUUCAAGGGCUGGAGGAGGCUGAUAUCACCAAGUUCCCAUUCACUCCUGUCCCUGUGAAGAGUGAAGAUGAUGAAGAGAAACCUCAGUCCUCACAGCUUCAUCAAAGACAAACCGAACAGAUGGAAACAGAAGCUGAUGGAGAGGACUGUGGAGGACCAGAACCAGCCAGGAACUCAGAUCCAGAUAGACAUUUACAAUCUGAUAGUGAUGACAAGACUGGAGACAUUUCUAUAGCUGAGAUUGAAGUCAGUUGUGAUGAAUGGGAGGAGACCAGAGAACCUCAGUCAGGUUUAAACUCGCAGGACAAAAAAGAACUUCCUGUCAGUGAUCCGGGAUGUAAUUCUCAUGAGAAACCAUUCAGCUGCUCAGUUUGUGGGAAGAAAUUUACAAAAAAAGGCUUCCUGAAGACACACAUAAGAACGCACGCAGGGGAGAAACCAUUCAGCUGCUCAGUGUGUGGAAAGAAAUAUACAAAAAAGGGAUAUCUGGUCCAACACAUGGCCGUCCACAGAGGUGAGACAGGACAGAGCUGCAGCGUUUGUAACAAAAGACUUGUCUGGCACUCAGGAGUCGAAUGCCAUCAGUGUGUCUCGCCUGCUGGUGGAGUGAGAUAUAACUCUGAGUGUGAUAAAAGACUUUGCUACAGUCAUCAUCUGAAGAAAGACACAGGGACUCAUGCAGAAGAUAGUCUGUUUAGUUGCUCAGUUUGUGGUAGAAAAUUUACACAAAGAGGAUACCUGAACCUACACAUGGCGCGUCACACGGGGAAGAUCCGCUUCCGUUGCUGUGUUUGUGAUAAAAGAUUCGCUUGGCGUCACGAACUCAAAAGCCACAAGUGUGUUGAUGAAUCAUCAUCACAGCAUCAAAGUGAGCAAACAGUAGCUGAUAAAGGAUCAGAUACUGAUGGAAAGACUUCAGACUCUGACUCUGAACCUGAGACUGAAGUCAGAGAUGAUGAUGAACCUCAGUCAGGUUUAAACACUCAGAAUAAUGAUAAAGUCAUUGUCAGUGAUGUGGGAAGCAGCACUGACAAUAAAUCAUUUAUCUGUUCUGAGUGUGGAAAAACAUUUUGCGGUGAGGUCAAUCUGCAGUCACACAUGAGAACUCACACAGGAGAAAAACCCUUUAGCUGCUCGUUCUGUGAGAAAGGAUUUACACAAAAAGGAUAUCUGGCAAACCACAUGACCGUCCACACGGAGGAGAAACGAUUCCUUUACUGUGUUUGUGGUAAAAGAUUCGCUUGGCGUUAUAAUCUGAAAAACCACGAGUGUGUUGGUGAUUCAUCGCAGAACAGAGAGGCAGAAGCUCCAGCCAGCAGCUCAAACGCUUCAGACACUUCUAAACUUCAGACUGAAGCCAGUCCCGAUGAUUGUAAAGAGACCGGGGAAAGUUUAACCUCUCUAAAAACUAACGACGUCCUUGAAGGUGAUGCAACAAGUGAUCUCGCAGAGAGACCGUUCAGCUGCUCUGAGUGUGCUAAAAGAUUUCGGCGAAAGAAAAAUCUGCAGGAACACAUGAGAAUUCAUACAGGAGAGAAACCAUAUGGGUGUUCAGUGUGCAUGAAAUAUUUCUCAUGCAGCGGAUCGUUACGAAAACACCUGAGAAUUCACACAGGAGAGAAACCCUUCAGCUGCUCUGUGUGUGGCAACCGUUUCACUGAAAGUGGACAUCUGAAGGUGCACAUGAGGACUCACACAGGAGAGAAACCGUUCAGCUGUUCAGUUUGUGGUAAAAGUUUUACCUGGAGGCAAAGCUUUAAUAAUCACAUGAAAUAUCACAAAAACACGUCAUGAGGGUCAGUCGGUGUUAAUCGAAGUCCCGUAACAGAGAAACUCAAACUUUGCUUAAUUAUUUCACUGUUACACACCAGCUGACGGAAGAGUUCACAGUUCACUUGUUAAAGGAACAUUCUGCUUUAUUUCAACCAACUUUGCCCUCACUAGCUCCGAGAGAAACCAUGAAUAUCAAAGCGAGAUGCUCCAGAUUCCUGCAGCUUUCCAACUUAAAGUAAACGCAGGAAGUAGCCGUCUGGAGUGGCCAUGCUGGAUAACUGGAUAACAUAUCUCUCUGUAUAUUCAUCCGUCAGUUUGUUCACGUGUGUGAGACUUCUACUGCACUUAUAAAAUACAUAAAAUAAAAUAAAAAUGUGCUCACUGCUCUCCUGAAGGGAAUAACUUUACAGUACAGUUGGACCUGUUGAUGCCAGACUUAAAUGUACAACAGAGUGAUCCCAUCGGUGUAAUUACAACUCAACAUUAUCGUCGUGCAGACUUCACAGAGCGAGGCCGGCUGCACGCUGAGAAAAAGAAAUUGUGUGAGCCAACAGCAGGAAACUGCUUCUACAUUAUAUUUGACUUAACAACAGCAACUUGCAGUUUAAACAUUUCUGUACUUUUUUAUUGUCUGAAUGGAAAACAAAGAAUGUGAUUCUGACGUCAGAGGGACUUUGAAACGGACGGAAACGCCAUCUUAAAAUGAGCAGAAGAAGAGCGACAGCUGAUGGUUCGAUGUCACAUGACCCAGCAGUAAACAAUAUUCAUAUAUAUAUCAUGAUGUUGUACAUUAAUGGUAUUAAUACUUCGAUUAAGUAUUAAUCAAAGUGGUUUAACUGUAAAUAAAAAAAAACAAGAUAUUGUUAAUUAUAUAAUGAUAUUAUAAACUCAGUUAUUAUUAUUAUUGACAGGAAGUGUGGUGAAUAUAUUUUAUUCUAAUGAUUCUGUUUUUUUGUUCUUCCUGUUUCAGAUUAUUUCACAUUGUAACUAACAAGAAACAAUAAAACAUAAUCAUUCAUGUCAGUUUAUAUAUUCAGUUUUUAGGCUUUUAUUAAACUGAAUGACACUGAA